CAAAUUAGAAUUCGAUAUUUCUGAAUCGCCAAAAAGACAUAAUCGCCGCGAAUUGUGAAUUUGUAAUGGGAGAAGAAGAACAUCGAAUCUCUCUCGCAGCUCCUUCAAUCUUCCUCAUCGCUAUUAUCUUCCAUUCCCUUUCCAGGUGGCUUGAACGCUUGAAGAAGAGAGGAUCCAAGAAUGAUCGGGGGAUGCAGUUGACUGGGGAAAUAAAGCAACUCUUGAAAGAGGCCAGCUGCUUGUCAGGUCCAUCCACAUUUGCUCAGGCUGCAAAACUUAGGAGGUUGGCCGCUGCUAAGGAAAAGGAACUUGCAAGAUAUCAGGAGUUGCGCAGCAAGGAGAUGAAACUAUCUUAUGACUUGUAUCUGAAAGUUCUUUCUACCUUGAAGGUUGUGACCUAUCUUGUGCUGAUUUUCUGGUUUUGGAGAAAACCAGUGGCUGCUGUAUCUCAGCAACUUGUACAACCAUUCGGUAAGGUGUUAACCUGGUGGGGUGGAGGCAUCUUGAAUGGCAAUGUUAUGGUUGGGAUUGUCCCUUGGUUGAUACUGUCCACGAGGGUUAGCAAGUUUGUUUGUCGACUUGUCCAAUAGAGAGAGGAAUACAGUGCUCCAUGAUUCUUUGAUGCCAUAGUGAUAGUAUGGCUGGUUCUGAAGUCUGUUCCUGCAUAAUUGGCACUGUUGCCUUGCUUGAUGGGGUCUUCCUUUGUUUGUUUGGGUGGGUGGGUGGGUGGGUGGUAGGGGGAGUGUCAUACUCAUUCAGUCCGUAUGUAUGUAUGUAUAUUUGGUCUUGCGAGUAUUCAGCAUAAAUCAGCAUCUUCUUGAGAAACUCUAAUCGUUGGAUUAAUUACAAAUAAUUCAAACA